GUGCCAUGCAGCAUUGACAACUACAAAAUUUCAGUUUCAAAGCGACUUGUAUAAGACAAUCCAGCCAAUCAACAAGAACUUUUCCACUCGGACAUCAACUCUCUGCGCCAUGAAGUGUGGACAAGAGACAACGUGCCAGGCUUACCAGUACGAUACUGAGAAACAAGUCUGUGUACUGGGCUCAACGGUGUUGUCAUCAACGGUCCAACGAUUCUCUAGUCAGAAACUGUAUUGGGCUGGACAGUCUUCCGAACCAGCAUGCAAUAGUAAUAAUUACAUGAUUUGGCAUGUGCAGGGACUAGAUAACGGAAAACGCGUUUGUCUUCAUAUUGACAAGAAUCCCUAUUUACAACUUGACGCUAAUUAUCUUUGUAAAGGUUAUAACGGCACUUUGGCCGGUGUAGACACAAGUUAUAAAGUCGACCUCUUGAAUUUUUAUCAGAUGGAAUUUUGGGUAGGACUGGAGUAUGACACUGUUACUCAGAAACAUUAUUGGUCUUAUGACGGUAGCCCUCUGGAUGAUACUUGGAAAGCUUACAUCUUUGGACAAACGUAUGUAACUGGCUACUGCGCGACAUUCUACAACUCAAAGAUCUACUUUAAAUCUUGUUCCAUGAAAUUUGCCUUCGUAUGUGAACCUGCUAAGAUGACUGUCUAAAGUGCAUACCUUAUGUAUUUAUAUUCGAACGUCAUUUCCCUUUUACUUACAAAUAUCAACUACUCAGUUAAGUGGUCAAUUUCAAUAGUCAGCGACUAAUUAGGAAUGAGCAUUUUGCUUACACCAUUAUAUGGUAUAAUGCCUGUGACAUUUAUAAUUAAUAGCGAGCAUUUAUUUUAUUUGUUUUUAAAAAUAAUAC